UUUACGGUAAGUCGUAACACGCGGGCUGCCAGUUUGUUUGGAAGUGCUGCACCAGUCUCAUGGGUGUAAGGGGAAGAGGCUAUUCGCUCUGGGCCAGUGCGCCAAAAAGAGUACCUCUUGAUAUUUCGUCAGAUGUUUUUGGUUUGUCUAAAUAACAAUAGUUAUCAAGUGGAUUAUCAAAAUUCGUAAAGUUCUGUGUUUGUUGCACUUUGUUAUUUCUUCAACAUGGAAAACCGUGAAGAAAUUUGUCUGAAAAACUUUAAAAAUACUCCAGAAAACAGCAGGGAUGAGAAGGCACGUUCAUCAGCCAACUCAAGUAUUAUGCCUCAACAACCUCAAAGUUUCAUGUUUCAGUUGACCACUCCUCAAAGCGGCGUCCAAGCCACAGAGGUGACCCUGAAUUCUAAAAAGGAGCCGCAACGAUGUCGGGUCGAACCAGUGGUAGUGAUUUGGAUUUUGUGUACUGCUUCGCUUGGACUAUCUGUUGUGUGUGGUUUAAGAUUAUGGCAUGUGGAGGAGCAAUUAUUAUUCUUAAAGACAAAAUACAAUGAUCUAGAAAUGAGGAUACCAGUUUUGGAUGAUAUUAACUCACAGCUGGACGCAUUAGCGAAAGAGCGUGUUGAGCGCCAUCUAGCAGUAGUACCUCUACUAGGACGAUUCAAACGAGAAGUGGCAGCAGGUGAUUGCUUAUGUCCUCCAGGACCUCGAGGGAAGAGAGGGCGACCAGGGCUAAAGGGGCCUGAAGGACCACCAGGAAAGCCUGGUUUUCCGGGUGCAAUAGGAAUGGAGGGACCAAGAGGUGAACUGGGACAAAGAGGAGAAAAGGGUGACAAGGGAGACAGUGGAUUCAAUAUGUAUACAGCAUCAAAGGGUGUUAAACGCUCCGUCACUAGGCUGCAUGGGGCCGCAUUAGGUACUGCAGAAAUCAUCGUUUUUAAGACCCUAGAAAAAUAUGGAGUUAAUGCCAGUAUUGAAAAACUUAUCAUGCUAAAAGGAGACCAGGGAGAUCCUGGACCUCCUGGUCCACCAGGUCCUCAAGGUGCUACAGGUCUUCCAGGUUAUGAUGGCCGAAGCGGACUCCCAGGAGAACCAGGACCACGAGGUGAACCUGGACCAGAAGGACCUCUAGGGCCAGAGGGACCUAUGGGGAAGACUGGAUUGCCUGGGCCUAAGGGCAGCAAAGGAGAGAGGGGGUUUAUGGGUGCUCCUGGAUUCCGAGGAAAGCCAGGAUUCCCUGGGAUGCCUGGUGUUCCUGGAGAGCCAGGGGUAAAUGGUACAGAUGGAGAACCAGGCUUACCAGGUCUUGUAGGGCCUCCCGGAGAAAAAGGAGAUCAAGGACUUACAACAUUGCUAGAUGGAAAUUCUUUUUCAGGAGGUUUUAUAGAAGGUCCACCUGGACCUCCUGGGCCACCAGGGCCUGCAGGAUCUCCAGGGCAAAAGGGUGAUGGUGGUCAAACAGGUCUACCUGGGGAAACAGGAGAGAAAGGUGAUAAGGGUGAUCGCGGAAGGCGUGGCAAGAGGGGAAAACGUGGAAGGCAUGGGAAGUUUGCAGGAAGAGGAAAACCUGGCCGCCCUGGCCCCAAAGGGGAUAUUGGACCUUUAGGAGAGAGAGGAGCUAAAGGUGACAAGGGAGACAUUGGUCUUCCUGGUAUUCAGGGUGAAUUUGGACCAGCAGGAUUACCAGGUGGGGACGGAAAAGAUGGGGAACCAGGACCACAAGGGCCUCCAGGACUACCUGGACAACCAGGACCUAAUGGUGAGAAAGGUGACAAAGGAGUAAUGGGACCUCCUGGUUUGAUGGGGCCACCUGGAUUACCAGGCCCACCUGGCAAACCAGGCAGGGAUGGAAGCAAAGGUGAAAAAGGUGCUAUGUCUCCUGUAAGGUACAUUCAACAGGAUAAUGGUAGCAUAGAAGGUGCAAAAGAACUUAUAACAGGCCCACCAGGACCACCUGGCCCACCAGGCUUCAGGGGAAUUCAAGGUCCACCGGGAAUAAAGGGUGACAAAGGAAAAGAUGGGGAGAAAGGAGAACCUGGUGAGAAGGGAGAAAGAGGAAACUCAGGCCCAAUGGGGUUACCUGGUCCAAGAGGUUUAAGAGGUGAAACUGGUUUUCCUGGACUUGAUGGUUUAUCGGGGGAAAUGGGUCCUCCAGGGUUGGAUGGCAUGAAGGGUGACCAAGGUGAAAGAGGCAGCCCAGGAGAGAAGGGUGAACCAGGGUUGCCGGGAACUGAUGGCAUCCCUGGCUUGUUGGGCUCAAAAGGAGAGAAAGGGGAAUUAGGACCUGCUGGGUUGGCAGGGAGGAGAGGAAAGAAAGGCGAUAAAGGAGAAAAGGGUGAUCAGGGGGUCCCUGGCUUAGAUGCUCCAUGCCCUUUAGGAGCUGAUGGACUACCUCUACCUGGCUGUGGAUGGAAGCCUCUUAAUGUGGUGAGUUCGUAA